AGUAUAAAAAGUCCAAGUGCUGUUGGUUUUUGCUGAAAGCCUCGCAGUCAAGUCCUGACCGUCUCAUAGUUCAGUUACUUUUUCCUUAAAAAAAUAAUCAACUCUCUUAAAAAUUUAUUUCUAAAUUCUAUUAUUUACUUAAAAUCAUUUGGUGAUAAUUUUUCUAUUAAAAGUUUUGUUAAUUAAUAAAAAAAAUACAGUAAAUAAAUUAAAUUACUUUUUGAUCAAUCAAGAAUCAUCAUGGCAUGUCCUAUUAAUAAUUUCAUAUCUGAGGAUCAAAGUCAAGAUGGUGAUCAGCUAACAGAAGGACCUGAACGUGGCAUGCUCUAUGCUGAAUAUUUACGAUUAGAUAAAAUACUUUCAGCCCAACGUCUUCUAAGUGCUGAAAGUCAAAAUGAAGUUCAUGAUGAGCAUCUUUUCAUCGUUACCCAUCAAGCAUAUGAGCUGUGGUUCAAACAGAUUAUCUACGAAUUGGAUUCUGUGAGGAGAUUAUUUAGAUCAGAAAUUGAAAUACCAUCAAAUGGAAAUGAUAAUUCAACUAAAAAUAAUAAUCCAACUUAUGAAACUCUUGAUGAAUCAAGAACACUGGAAAUUCUCAAGAGACUCAAUCGAAUUGUCUUGAUACUAAAACUUCUUGUUGAUCAAGUUACAAUAUUGGAAACAAUGACACCACUUGAUUUCAUGGCAUUUCGUGAUUAUCUUUGUCCAGCAUCUGGUUUUCAAUCAUUACAAUUUAGAUUACUGGAAAAUAAACUUGGUGUUAAACAAGAACAUCGUGUAAGAUAUAAUCAAUGUUAUAUAAGAGUAUUUGGUAAAGAUCCAAAAGCCAUUGAAGCUAUUAGAAAUUCAGAAAUUGAACCAAGUCUUAGUUUUCUUGUUCAAGAAUGGCUAGCAAGAACACCUGGACUUAAAAAAAAAGAUUUUAAUUUUUGGGGUAAAUAUAAAAAUUCAGUUGAACAUAUGUUAGCUGAACAACAAAAAAAAGCACAGAUACAAACAAAUGAUGCUGUACGUAAACAUAUGAUGGCAGGUAUAGAAGGUAAACAAGCUGUUUUCGAAACAGUAUUUAAUCAAACACUUCAUGAUGCUCUUGUUGGUAGAGGUGAACGAAGAUUUUCUCAUGCAGCUCUUCAAGGUGCAAUCAUGAUAACUUUGUAUCGUGAUGAGCCACGUUUCAGUCAACCACAUCAAGUUUUAACAGCUCUCAUGGAUAUUGAUUCAUUGAUAACUAAAUGGAGAUAUAAUCAUGUUAUCAUGGUUCAAAGAAUGAUUGGAUCACAGCAACUUGGAACUGGUGGUUCAUCUGGAUAUCAUUAUUUAAAAUCAACACUGAGUGAUCGGUAUAAAGUUUUUUUGGAUUUAUUUAAUCUAUCAACAUUUUUAAUACCGAGAGAUUUAAUUCCACCACUUACCAAACAAAUGAAAACAAAAUUGUCAUUGGGCUGGAGUUGUUUUGAUCUUGAUAAUGAAUCAUCUGAUCAAAAUACAUCAGAAAGUUCAGUAGAAGGAUCACUUUGAUUUUGUUUUUUCCUUAUUUAUAAAAUUUUUAAUUCUUUCUUUUAUUUUACCUUUUAAACAAAAUUGUUAUUGUUUUUUAAAGAUAUAUUUGGAUCAAUUUAUAUUUUUAUCUCUCGACAAAAUAACGUCUUGUUUUACGAGGAAAAAAAAAUUAUCUAAAACAAUUUUUAACAAUAAUUUUUUUUUAAUUUUAUUAUUAAACAUCCACAACAAAAAUUUUUGAUUUUUAUUUAUGAUUUAUUAUAUAAUACUAUGCAUUAACGGAAUAUGAUCAAUAUGAAAACUUAAAUGAUAUUUUUUCAUACAAAUAAUGUGUCUUAAAAUAUUUGAGACAGAAAAAAAAACCUCUUACAUUUUUUGAUGUAUCAAAUUUUAUCGAGUUUAUUUAAAUAAACAAAAAUCAUCAUAGCAUUUAUUUAGAGUAUUGAAUAAAUCAUUGAAACACAAAUACAACAAAACCAAGCUGCCAUUAAAGCAAAUUAUUUUAUAAUAUAUAUUUUUUUUU